AUGCGACACGAAGCACGACCGCUCGGGUCGCUUCGAGGACACGUUGUGUGUGUGUGCGUGUGUGUGUGUGUGUGUGUCUGUGUGUGUGGAACGACGACAAGCCGAUCAAGCGACGGUGUGCCCUUGGGGUCUGACUGUCGUCGUCGUUUCCCGUUCAUUUGUCCGGUCGUCGCGCAGCGUGUCAGACGCAGGACAACGGUGAUAAAUCACAGUCCCCAUUCGGAAAGUAGCCUAAAAACCGGGUUCGGUUCCGACAGACCCCGGCCGGCGAAAAAACACGUUUUCGUCAAGCCGGGCAACAACUUUUUCCGCACAGGGUGGAGGGCGCGAACAGGCGAACAGGCGAAGAGGCGCUGCCGUUCCUGGCAGCUAUCGGCCGCCAGAUCCAAUCCGACACCAACCGAUCGUAUCGACUGCGGCCGAGUUCUACAUCACGUAGAGCAAGUUUUCGGUUUCAUGACGCAGCCGGUGAGGAAGGCGAUGGUAUCGCUGUGA